AUGAAGCUGAAAGUUGGAAGAUGCAGAAGGCAUAAAAAGAAGUACAUUCCUGUUGCUGGUGAGACGUCCCGUGCACUGGCAGAUGAAGGGGGCGGGGGAAGCAGUCCACUGUUGGGUUGAAAUAAGCGACAGACAAGGUGUCAUACGGGAGGCAUCUACCGAGCAGGUCUCGGCGAGUCUCUUUUAUUGAAUAUUACAGCAUUACCACAUAUGUGCUUGUUGCUGAUUGGUUAACACAAAUACAAUGCAAGGGCAUUAAUCAUAAGGGUUGGGAAAGCAACACAUGGUUACUAGUGAUUGAUAUUGCAUGACUUGAAAGAACAUAACAAUCGCAGUCCGUAGAUGUGGUCAACAAUGCAUUAAGAACAGGUCAGGGUGUGAUGUUUCAUGAACUCAAUGUGAACUGUACAUUCUCAGACUCAUGUGCAGAGGCAAAAACUUCCCAGCAGUCCACCCUGGGUGCUAUGCUUGGGGGUGUGUGACAAAAUUCCCUCGGGUGGGUCAGCGUGGUGGCACUCGCACCCCCAGCAGGUGGAUUUUCGUGAUCGUAGCAAAAAUCCGCCCGCUGAUCGGCGUGCAGCGCUGGCCAUCGGGGAUGCCCCUCCCCCCAGUGGGCAGCAUUUGCACCCCAAUCAGGCUCUGGCGCGCUGAUCCUCCUGGAGGUGCCAGUGAUGCCUGCUGAUUAUGCAAAUAUUCCCAGGGCAUGGCGCUGGCUGUCAGGGAUACACCUCCCAGCAAGCAGUGUUUGCACACGCACCCCAGGUGGGUGGCGCUUGCAUCCCUGGCGGCAAGCGCCACGCCCUGGACGUAUUUGCACAAUCGGCGAACGGUGCUGGCACCCCCGGGAAGAUCGGUGUGCCGCUGAUGGCACCCCGGGAGGAUCGCCCCGCCUCUGUGGGCAGAUCGCCCCACCCCUGGGUGCGCAUCAUAUUUGCCUUUCCGGGUGCCCCAGCAGCUUCCUCCGCCACUGAUCCCGUGGGCAAGGGCUUUUCUCCUUCGUGCCUGUUAUGUACUGAAGUUCUCACCCUGGGCCAGGGUGUAGAUAGUUCAGGUCCACAUAUGCAAAUAAGGGAUUGAAAGUGACGUUCAGUGAUUGGAUACUUACAGAAAGUUGUUACAGUUACGUUGUAGUGGAGCCCUAUAUAAGCAGGCUGGCUGAACCCUUCAGUUCAGUUCUGUUCUGACCUGUGAAUAAACAAGAGCUGUUUGGAGAAUCGCUGUGUCGUCUGAUAUGUUCACCCACAACUUAACAGUGCCCUUCUGUGAACAUCCCAGAAACUUCUAUCUGGCAGCAAACUGUUGGAAACAAGAAACGCAGAGAGAUGGACCUUUCUUCGAUCCAACAGAGACGAGCCCUAAUUCUGUAACAGUGUGUGUCCCAGUAUCUUCUAAGAGCUUGGACCACUGGCACUUUGAGCAACAACACAGGCUGUGUCGCUCCUGGAUUUCCUUCCCUUUGUCUCAGCAAGUGAUUAUUUUGAAAAUGUGGAAGUAGUAUGCUUAAGCUACUGCGUUUCAUUAGUGCAAUAAAGCAGCUUGGUUGUUUGGCAUAUCUCUUUCUCCCUUGCAAUAGAGAAGAGUGUCAGAAGGCCUAGCUGGAAAGCGAAGGUCAAAGUAUCCAAAACCCCGCCGACUUGCUUCCACUAAAGCUUUUGGGCUCCCUAUAUAUGCGUGUGAAGAAGACAGGUGGUUGCUCCAGUGAUUGACAGCAUGGAAGGAGAAGCAUGUUUGUGAUGGAGUCAAGAGCUUUGAACGUGCUCUGUUCUUCCUGCUAUUCAUGUAACAGAACUGGUUCUGUGCAGGAAAAUCCCACAAGAGAACAGCAAAACAAUAGCUUUAUUAGGACCAAGAGAAGCAUCACAAAGUAGCAUGCAAGUUUCUCCCAGCUGGAUUCCUAGGCCUUCACAGCAACAGCGCACAGAAGGUAUGGCAUAAAACAUCAGAUUAUAUCUGCGCAAGCAAUUCCCCCUCAAUUAGUUCUGCUUUUUGCUGAAUGAUUGCCUUUUUGUUGGGCUUUGUUGAGCGGGGAGCAUCAUGACGUCAUGGAUGAAAGACAGAUCAAGGAAGGAAGCAGGCAGAGGCAACACGCUACUUCCAGGGCCAACUUUAAAGGUAAAGGUAAAGGGACCCCUGACCAUUAGGUCCAGUUGUGACCGACUCUGGGGUUGCAGCGCUCAUCUCGCUUUACUGGCCAAGGGAGCCAGCGUACAGCAUGACUAAGAUGCUUCUGGCGAACCAGAGCAGCGCACGGAAAUGCCGUUUACCUUCCCGCCGGAGUGGUACCUAUUUAUCUACUUGCACUGGUGUGCUUUCAAACCGCUAGGUUGGCAGGAGCAGGGACCGAACAACGGGAGCUCACCCUGUUGCAGGGAUUCGAACUGCCGACCUUCCGAUCGGCAAGUCCUAGGCUCUGUGGUUUAACCCACAGUGCCACCCGCGUCCCUUAGGGCCAACUUUACAUAUAAUUUAUUCGUUUUAGUAUCUAAAAAACAACAACCUGUAAGCUGCCUUGGCGGAAAAGCAGUAUGUCAAGGCAAUGAAUAAAUAAAUAUUUGUGGGUUUUGCUAGUAAAAGCGGGGGCGGGGGGUUUUCUGAAAGAUUAAACUAAGGGUCAUGAGUGUACAUUUCUCCCUGCACACUAAAUAAGUACAGCGUGCACUCUUAUUGCCCAAUGGAUUGUCAGCACGUUGGCCAAAAUGAGAGGGAUGUUUACUCACAGAAACCCUGUCCCCUGAUGCUGAAAACCCUUUGAUAUCCUUGCUGUGCUUUAAGGGAUUUUUUAUUUUAUUUUAGUCAAUGUGGUCAGACACGUAAUUAUUUCAUUUUUAUCUAUCCUUCCUAUCUAUCCUUCCUCCAAAGAGGUCAGAUCAGAACACCUGCCCACCCCCCACCCCGUUGUCUUCAUUUUGGUAGAAUGCACCCAGAUGUUGCUGGAACACCAGCUGCCAUGAUUCUGUUUUUAAAAGCUUUCCAUGUUUUUAACCUUUCCAUGUCCAUUUCUUCAAAGGCAAAAGGGCUUCACGAAUCCUAGCUUAGGAUGUCAUCAGGGUUCCAGGAAAGGAGAGCACUCAGGAAGGCUGCAGAGUGCAGACUGCCAGAGGGAUGAUUUAUGAACCAAAAACAGUGGCAUCAUUCUGGAGACAUUGUCCUUUUGAGGCUUUUGAGACGUCUUCCAUUGAAACUUUUGAAAAACGACUGAGAAACUUUACUUUUGAAACUUUUGGGAUGUCUUCUGUUGAAACAUUUGAAAGACUAUUGUGAGACUGUCCUUAGACAUCUGUUUUGAGCACACGGCUUGACGGUCCUCGCUCCCACUCUGUUAUAUUGUAUAUAAGAACUUUGAUUGGCUUACUCCUAUAAUUUGAAUGAUAGCAUUAUUCUAUUAUAUAUUUUCUAAUAAUUAUUAGCCUACGUGUUGUCUUUGUAUUGUUGUGAUUAUAGGUAAAGGUACCCUUGACCAUUAGGUCUAGUCGUGGACGACUCUGGGGUUGUGGCGCUCAUCUCGCUUUACUGGCCGAGGGAGCCGGUGUUUGUCCGCAGACAGUUUCCGGGUCAUGUGGCCAGCAUGACAAAGCCGCUUCUGGUGAACCAGAGCAGCACACAGAAAUGCUGUUUGCCUUCCCGCCGGAGCGGUACCUAUUUAUCUACUUGUACUUGACGUGCUUUCAGACUGCUAGGUUGGUGGGAGCUGAGACCAAACAAUGGGAGCUCACCCUGUCCCGGGGAUUCGAACUGCCGACCUUCCGAUCGGCAUGCCCUAGGCUCAGUGGUUUAGACCACAGCACCACCCGUGUCCCAUUGUGGUGAUUAGAGGGAUGAUUUAUAGCAGGCAUGUCCAAAGUCCAUUUUGGGGGCCUAAUCCGGCCCGCUGGUCGAUUUAAUCUGGCCCCCAUGGCAGUAAAUGUCCUGUGGUAAAAUCCUUAAAAAAGCUCAACAACUUCAAUCCUAAAAAAGUUGGGGCUCCCCGAUUUAUAGAAUGAAAGACAGUCAUGAACACCCCCUGGUCACCCCUCAAAUGUAAAACACAGCAAAACUCUGCAGCCCUCAUGAAAAUUUUACAGAAGUUUCCUCUUUAAUAUUUCUUGAAUGCAAUUUCUCUUCUAAUUAAUGGAAGGAGAAGGGAAGGAGAGAUCCAGGGUGAAAUAUCUGGUACACUUCUAGUUUUAUUGGAACAUGAUAAAUGAUGGGUUGUUGAUCGAAGCUCUUGAGUUGUAAUUUGGCCAUUAAGUGAUGUUUUGCACCAUAAGGGAUCCCAGGUUUGAUUCACCCAAUGGCAAUCCUUGGGGAAUUGUAGUAAUGGCUGGAGGUGGAGGACAAGGGGCCAAAAUUUCCCCAGGUCCCCUUCUGAAGGGCCAUACAUACUAACCGUGGUUUACCAGACUAGUCCUCAUGGUCAGAAGUGACUGCCUGGGGAAGGUUUACCAGAAAUCCUAGAAGGCAGAGGGGCUUUUCGGUAGUGGCGCCCACACGUCAGAGUCAUUAUGUACGAAACAUUUAGGAAACAUCUGAAGCCAGCCCUGUAUAGGGAAGCUUUUUAAGGUUUAAUGUUUUCCUGUGUUUUUAUAUAAGUUGGAAGCCGCCAGAGUGUCUGGGGCAACCCAGUCAGAUGGGUGGGGUAUGAAUAACUUAUUUAUUUAUUUAUUUCCUGCUAAAUUGCAGGGGAUAGGCUUGAAGGUCUGACCCUUGUUGUUGUUGGUUUAGUCAUUUAGUCAUGUCCGACUCUUCGUGACCCCAUGGACCAGAGCACGCCGGGCACUCCUGUCUUCCACUGCCUCCCGGAGUUUGGGCAAACUCAUGUUGGUAGCUUUGAGAACACUGUCCAACCAUCUCGUCCUCUGUCGUCCCCUUCUCCUUCUGCCCUCCAUCUUUCCCAACAUCAGGGUCUUUUCCAGGGAGUCUGCUGGAGUAUUGGAGCCUCAGCUUCAGGAUCUGUCCUUCCAGUGAGCACUCAGGGCUGAUUUCCUUCAGAAUGGAUAGGUUUGAUCUUCUUGCAUGGGACUCUCAAGAGUCUCCUCCAGCACCAUAAUUCAAAAGCAUCAAUCCUUCUGCGAUCAGCCUUCUUUAUGGUCUGACCCUGGGACUGAGUAAUUUUGGGAGUAGGCCUGUUCAUCACCUGUCCCUAAAAUGUUACAGCCUAUAGGUAAAGGGUCCCCUGACCAUUAGGUCCAGUCGUGAUCGACUCUGGGGUUGCGGCGCUCAUCUCAUUUUAUUGGCCGAGGGUGAUGGCGUACAGCUUCCGGGUCAUGUGGCCAGCAUGACUAAGCCGCUUUUGGCAAACCGGAGCAGCGCACGGAAACACCGUUUACCUUCCCGCCAGAGCGGUACCUAUUUAUCUACUUGCACUUUGACGUGCUUUCGAACUGCUAGGUUGGCAGGAGCAGGGACUGAGCAAUGGGAGCUCACCCCAUCGCGGGGAUUCGAACCACUGACCUUCCGAUCGGCAAGUCCUAGGCUCUGUGGUUUAACCCACAGUGCCACCCAUGUCCCUUACAGCCUAUAGGAGGCCAAAAAUAAGGUUCAGUCAAUAAUAUUUUUAAUUUACAUCCAGGAGCAGAAAUGCCCCUUGGAACGACACCCCCAGCCUCCCAUCUUUCUUCCCCUUCUGAAGUUGACGUAGGCAAGAAGCCUGAUCAACUUUUGCCAGCAGGCUUGUAACACUCCCUCGUCAUUUCCCAGUUUGACACCUGUCACUUGGCUCCGGGGAAAGCACUUGAGAAACAGCACUAGGUCCAGCCCCAUGGACAGGGUUCAUCUGCACGCAAGCUCUCUGGAGAUGGACUUUUUGGUCUGCCCCCGGUGGGUUUCCUAAAGCGAUGCCCUUUCGUCUCUCCACCGCAUGAAAUUUAAUCUCCCUGGUAAAUGACACCCAAGGCUAUUUUGGAAAUCGGAGGCAGGGCGGGGAGAGGAGCAGGAACGUCAGCAAUCUAACUUGACUGGAGGACGGCAGCCCAAGGGAGGGGCUGCUCACAGGCUAAACUCUAAGCGCUGGAGCUUCUGCUGUGGGACUAGGGGAUCACCUUUAACACGUCCCCUACCUCACUGGGGUUUCUGUUUUAUUCUCACGCUGGGUAGGGGGGGGUACGACCCAAAUUCUGUUGGUCUCCCCAUGCUCACUUGCACCUGCUUCACCCGCUUUGUGCAAACUCAGUAAAGAUCUGCUCUCCCGAUGAAAGUGGCUUACUACUUCCAGGUUUAACGGGACUUCCAGGUAAGGACCUGAAUUUCAGUUUGAAUCUGGGUGGCCAGAAAAGCUUGCCAGGAACCAGUUCUCUUUCUGUUUGUGUCUUGUGCCUAUGUUAUUUGUGGUUUUCUGUAGCACUGGGGCUAGCAGUACAGAUGAAGGUCAAGACAUUAGAGUUAUCCUCUAGGCUUAGUAUGACUUGUGGCUGUGGUUUCACCAGCACUGGAAAAAGAUGGGCAGGAGGAUUGAAGGAACAGGGUAUUUAACUUUUGAUUUUGAUUUUGUAACCUGUGUAGGUUGCUGGUGUCUGCCCAAGAGAGGGAGAUAAUUCUUUUGGAGUGGACGUGCUGUGUUGGAGUGAUGUUGAGGGUUACCUCCCACCACCUGUCUUGUUUUCAUCCUAAGUACUAAGACUCACAAAAAAGUUUUGUGUUCGGUUAAUUGUCUGACCUCGCCACUCUUCUUCUGCUAGUAUUUGGCCUUGCCAGAGCCUCCUCCCAUGUUCUCAGCUUGCAUUUCUACAGAUGGGCUUCUGAAAAAAGAUGGGGAAUGACAGCUGAGUCUAUUUUAAGAGCAGUAGCUCAGUGACAUGGAGUGUCUGUGAUGGCAAGCGAUGCCUGCUUUUUGCAUUUAUGCAGAAUGCAGAUCCAUAUAGAAGGUGUGCACUUUUUUCAGUGGGACACACAGGGAGGUAUAGGGAACGCGACUUUUGCUAAAGCUGCACGCCUAAGCCCACUUUCUUGGAAAUAAAGCUGUUCGCACAACUAUACAUUUAAAGCACCCUCUCCAAAGAACCUUGGAAAGUUUACCCUUCUCGGGGCUGCAGUCCUGAGCACCCUUAACAAACUACAGGUCUCAGGUUUAUUGGGGGCAGGUUUGAGCUUUAAAUGAAUGGUGUGUGCACAGUGUAAAAGUCAUAGGAUUGCACUGAAAUCAAGAUUUAUUUAUUAUCUUACUUUUGUUGGGAGACACACUGGGGGGGGGGGGAGGGAGAGAGAUUAUUGCCUAAUAGGGCGGUUGAUAAAAAAACUUUUUUUUGAAAAUGCCUGCUCCAAAGGACUUAACUUACUACACUAGGGAUUACAGUGGUACCUUGGGUUACAUACGCUUCAGGUUACAUACGCUUCAGGUUACAGAUUCCGCUAACCCAGAAAUAGUACCUCGGGUUAAGAACUUUGCUUCAGGAUGAGAACAGAAAUCGUGUUCCUGCAGCGCGGCGGCAGUGGGAGGCCCCAUUAGCUAAAGUGGUACCUCAGGUUAAGAACAGUUUCAGGUUAAGAACAGACCUCUGGAAGGAAUUAAGUACUUAACCCGAGGUACCACUGUAUAUAGCGAUAUCUGAAAUUCCAUGCAAAUCAGUUAAUAUCUUGACCCUACUCCACUGAAUUGAAAUUUCAGCCUUCACGACAUAGGAAGACGGCCAAGAAAACGACCCAAGGAGGUUUGCAGACAGAAAGAAGUAAGUGUCACAGAGAGAGGCCAGUAGUGUGUUUCUGAAGGGUAGGGCGUUGUAACAUCAGAGAAGUAGUGCCGUUUGCUCAAGAGAGGAGAAGAGCUGACAGUGUUUUAUAUAAGGAUUAGAGGAAGUAGAAAACUGAUCAGGCUGUAGCAUCUGUGCCUGCUGAUGAGCAAUCUGGGGCAGAAAUGGCUGACUCAACUCAACUCUAGGCUUUUGGUAUGAGGUCUGGCAUGGAUGGCAUGAGCAUGCGGUCUAACUUUGGGGCACAAGGUCAAAACUUGCCAGAAUCGGGUGUCCCCAUAUUGAUUAAGGGUGGUGUAGAACUCUAUGUGCUGACAGCAAAUAUGUCUUCUGGUUAACAGCAAUAAAGAGGUGGAGAGGGGAAAUCAUUAUAAAGGACAGGCAGUGGCAUGGAGCCCGUAACCCAGUGUUGGCCAAACUUGGCUCUCCAGCUGUUUUGGACUACAACUCCCAUCAUCCCUAGCUAACAGGACCAGUGGUCAGGGAUGAUGGGAACUGUAGUCCCAAAACAGCUGGAGUGCCAAGUUUGGCCAACAGUGCCUUAACCCUUCCUUCCAGGCCUUCCCCCCUGCACUUGACUUUUCCUCCUGGUGGGUGACACAGUCAGGAGGUCCUUGAAAUGGAAAAUUAAUAAAUGAAUGGGUUUGUGCACUUGGUUGGAGUUUCUGCUUAAAGCACACUCUUAAAGAUGGAUAAUUCCAAAAUGUGUCGGGCCUCUAUUUUCAGCCACCUGGAGUUUUCCUUCUCUUUUGCCCCAUUAGUGGUGCAUUCCAGGUUUUCUUAGGGUUAAGCGCAUGGGUGGGUGUCUACAGGGUGCCACCCUUGUCUGAAGAAUGAACCAUAAAUUCCAGAUUUCCCAGCUUUCAUUUUAAAAAGGGAACAGGUUUCUAACAUUUGGAGAACCUGAAAUAGGAGAGGAAAUGAACAGAUGCUAUUCUCAAUGAAACGAAACCAGGAGCUUUCCAGUUCCACUUACCCACAACCUACUUCACACAUAAUGUUAAACCAUGGUUAAAAGCAAACUAGGGUUUAACGUGAGCAUGCAGUGUGCUAAUCGUCUCCCCAACCCUUCCAUUCUGGCUGGGAAAUCAGCUUAUUUCCCAGUUUACUGUGAUUCCUGAACCUUCGCUCAUGGUUUGCGUCCUCCAAACAAUCCAUGAGCUGUAAGCCAAGAACAAACCAUGGUUACUGUUUGUGGUUUUGGUCAACAAAAUUGAUUUGUUUCCCAGCAACAUGGCGGCAUCAGGAACUAGGGAGGAGUAGAGCAAGAUGUUUUCAGCAGUGUACACAGAGGGAUGUAGAAAAUGGGAGUCCCCCAAAGAUUAGAAUUGGGACCCACGUUUUCCUGCUUCUGUGUAGAUGCUCUAUGGCUAGGGGUGAGCAGUGAGGUAGCCAAGUUUGCUGAUUAAAAAAUUGUUCAGGGUAGUUAAAGUAACUAGGAAUUCCAAGGAGCAUCCAAAAUAUCUCUCCAGAUUGGGUGAAUGGGCAGUAAAAUGGCAAAUGCCAUUCAGUGCUACCAAGUGUAAAAUGAUUCACACUGGGGCAAUUUUUUUAAAAAAAUAAAUCUCACAUAUACACUUAUGCGGGUCUGAACUGUUGGUGACUGACCAGGAAUGAGACCUUGGGGUUGUAAUGAAUAGUUUUAUAAAGGUGUCGGUCUAGUGUGCAGCAGCUAUGAGAAAUGCAAAUUCCAUGGGAGAGAUAAUUACGAAACACAAAACUGCCAAUAUCAUUAUGUCAUCAUACAAAUUGAUGGUGUACGCUUGGAAUACUGUGUACAGUUCUGUCCACCUCACCCUCAAAAAAGGACAUUAUAGAGUUGGCAAGGGUUCAGAAAACAGCAAACCCAAAUCAUCAAGAGGUUGGAGCGACUCCGCAACGAGGAAAGGUUACAGCAUUCCUUGUUUUUUUUAGUUUAGAGAAAAGACAAAUAAGGGGGUGACAUGAUAGAAGUGGAUAAAAUUGUGUAUUUUGUGGAAAUGUAGAUAAUAUUGUAACAAAAAAAGGACUUCUUCAUGCAGAAGACAGUUUUGUGUUUUGUUUUGUUUUUAAUUCUUUUUUACCAACCACCAAAACACAAACAGUGAAACCCCCCAGGUGGCUGAUACAUUGGGUAUACAAUAUUCAAUAAUACACAUAUUCAAUAAUAUUCAAUAAUAACAUAUUCAAAUCAACCAUAUGUACACUUCUAUAUACCUUAACACCCCUCCUUCCACAAGGUUUAUUUAACUUUUAACAUUUUAAUGCCUCAGAUUGUUCAAACCUACUCAAAUAGUUCAAUAUCUUCUCAAAGCAAUCCUCCUCUUUCUCACUGACCUUAAACCCUUUCAUUCUGUGUAUCUUCACAGUUAGGUAUUCUAAAAUUAUAAUAUUAUUCAGUUUCCCCUCCAUUGGUUCACCCCUAGCUCUUCUGCAUUUUCUUGAUUACUCGCUAUAACCUAUCUGGCUGCAAUUACCAUCAAUUUUACCUAUUUGCAUUCCUCUUUUGUUUUUAACUCGGCACUACUCAGGCUAAUAAGAACCAUUAAUUUAGUUAUUUCCACUGCAGAAGACAGUUAAUCUGUGGUAUUCGCUCUUACAAGAGAUAGUGAUGGCUAUUCCCAGCUGUAGCCAUUUUGCUUCUAGACACAAUAGUUAUGUUCUAUCUCCACUGUUGGAGUUGGUAUGCAAGUUGUGCAAAAUCACAAGUGAGGAAAGUGCUGUUGCACCCAGGGACCUGCUUGAAGGUUUCUCAUGGGCAUCUUGUUGGCCACUGUGAAAACAGAGUGCGAGCCUAUUUCAUAAAAUUAUUCACUGCUUGAUUGCAAAAAACCUCAAAGCGCUUUACAGAUUAAUAAAGCAAAAUCUAUUGAUGCGCAUAGAGACCUAUAAGCUCAGCUAACUAGGCAGUAGAGGCCUUGUGCCUAUUGUUUUUUUUGUAACGCCUAAUCUUCUGCUAAGAGCAUCUUUACUCCCAAGGUUGUAAACACAUCCCUAAGUGUCUACAUUUGAAAAGGAGACAAGCUCUGCUCAAAUGUCCCAACCCUCUCAGGUAGAAAGGAAUGCAAAGAGAACACGUGCAGCAAGGUGCGGCUUAGAGAGAGUUCUUUGUUCGCUUGCUCAAUGAAUAGGUAAUGAAGGAAAGACCAUACAUGGUAUAAUUAGUAGAUAGAUAGAUAGAUAGAUAGAUAGAUAGAUAGAUGAUAAAUAGAUAUAUUACGGUCAGAGACCAGCUUAUAAAACACAUUUGGGGGUCCACUCCCAGAAGGAAAACAAACAUUUGAAACAAUGUACAACAAUAAAUUUAAAAUUUAUAAGUGCGAUAAGCGUAUAGACACUUAAAACUUUAAGAUAAGCUACCUCAGAGAGAUGACCCAGAGUCACCCAUGGAACCGAGUUUGGGGAUUUUCUUAAUGAACUAGUUUAGGUCGGGGGAUGGUCUGUGCCUACAGAUCUGUACACAGAAUCUGGUGACCAUCCGGGUCGUCUUAUGAUCUUUGCCUGACAGGAAAAGGUCAAAUUUUUGCUUUUCCGGGAGGACAGCGAAUCUCACCAGCAGGGGAUCAAUGGUCUCACUACGUGCCUCUUCAUAAAAGGGACAUCUAAAGAACAAGUGCUCUGGGCUUCCUAUCUCCCCCAAUGAACAGGUGCAAAGUCUCUGAGCAUAUGGGACUUUUUUAAAGGAUCCUUCCAGGACCGGCGAGGGAAGAGCCGAGCUUCUGGCGGGUAUAAUUAGUAUUGUGUUGUAACUUUAGAUUGGAGGAAGUUUAUGCAUAUGUAUUGCUUUAAUAGAUAACAGCUAUGUAUAUAAAGGAGGACCCACCCUUUUGGGGUUUUGCUCAGCUUUUGGAGAGGGAUCCCACUGAGCCAUUAUUGCUAGCAAUAAACACCCUUUGUUUUCUCAUUACCACAUGGAGAUUUCCUUCAGCCUCAAACAUUGAUUUUUGCAACACUAUAUUCUUACGUUUUGGGCUCCAUGAUCACUGCAGAUGGUGACAGCAGUCACGAAAUUAAAAGACGCCUGCUCCUUGGGAGAAAGGCGAUGGCAAACCUAGACAGCAUCUUAAAAAGCAGAGACAUCACCUUGCCAACAAAGGUCCGUAUAGUUAAAGCCAUGGUUUUCCCAGUAGUGAUGUAUGGAAGUGAGAGCUGGACCAUAAAGAAGGCUGAUCGCCGAAGAAUGGAUGCUUUUGAAUUCUGGUGCUGGAGGAGACUCUUGAGAGUCCCAUGGACUGCAAGAAGAUCAAACCUAUCCAUUCAGAAGGAAAUCAGCCCUGAGUGCUCACUGGAAGGACAGAUCGUGAAGCUGAGGCUCCAAUACUUUGGCCACCUCAUGAGAAGAGAAGACUCCCUGGAAAAGACCCUGAUGUUGGGAAAGAUGGAGGGCACAAGGAGAAGGGGACGACAGAGAACGAGAUGGUGGGACAGUGUCUGGCUACCAGCAUGAGUCUGACCAAACUGCGGGAGACAGUGGAAGACAGAAGUGCCUGGCGUGCUCUGGUCCAUGGGGUCAUGAAGAGUCGGACACGACUAAACGACUAAACAACAACAACAAUUCUUACGUUGACACUGUGGAUUCACAAUAAAGCAUAGUUUGUUUUAACUGUGGUUUACUGUGCAAACUGGGCUGCAAUCCAGCAACUCCGAUUAAAACCACAUGACCCUCACGUAGGGCCUGAAUUUAUGAGAGAAGGAUGCUGACUCAAAUCUUCCCAGAAGUUCUGGUUUUUGUGCUGGCAACACUAAACCACUAAUGGCAGCAAGUGACCUCUACUGCAUAUUUCCUCCAUGUUUUAUCUUUGCGUCAGAAGUGGAACUAUAGGCAGCUGUAUACUAGAAAAUGUUUGAUGAAUUGUAUUUUAUCUGUGAAAAAUUGAUAUAUACAGGUGAAACUCGAAAAAUUAGAAUAUCGUGGAAAAGUUCAUUUAUUUCAGUAAUUCAACUUAAAAGAUGAAACUAAUAUUUUCGAUCGACUCAUGUCAUGCAAAGUGAGAUAUACUUCUACUCCUCAUAGGUCCAAUCUUGCUCGAUUUGCAAUCCUUGUUUUGCUGAUUUCCUUGAAUAUUCUAAUUUUCUGAGAUUGUUAAUUUGGGGUUUUCAUGUACGCCAUGAUUAUCGCAAUGAUAACAAAUAAAGGCUUGACAUAUCUCGCUUUGCAUGUCACGAGUCUAUCUCAUAUAUUAGUUUCACCUUUGAAGUUGAAUUAGUGAAAUAAAGGAACUUUUCCACAGUAUUCUAAUUUUGCGAGUUUCACCUGUAUAUACUCUAGGCAACUGUCAACCUUCUGAGGGCAGGCAUUUUGAACAACGUUUUCUGGAGUCGCCCCUAACAACCUGGCCCUUUGAAAAGGCAUUAUCCAGUGCUUUCAGAUGCUAAACGUGAAAUUAGCUUAUUGGUUCCAGGUGCUAGAUCAGUUUGUAGUUUUUGAAAACCAAUUUCUGAGGUAACUUUCUCUCACCAAGCCCCCCCCCAAUCUCAGAAGCAGGCAGCUGCCCUCUUCAAUGGAAGCUUUUCUGGGGCUCAAAUUUGUGUGGGGUGUGGUGGGGGGCCAUGGUUAGAGAAGGGACAGUGGUACCUUGGUUUGCAUAUGUCUUGGUUUGCAUACAUUUUGGAUUACAAACAUGUCAAACCCGGAAGUGCGUUUCCUGGUUUGCAACCUUUUUGGGGAUUACAACCCCCCCUUUUUUUUUUGGGAUUACGAACAAAAAUUUUUUGGAGGCCCCAUUGGCAAAAGCACGUAUUGGGUUCAUAGCUGUCAACUUUUCCCUUUUCUUGCAAGGAAUAAGGGAAUUUCCCUUAAAAAAAGGGAAAAGUUGACAGCUAUCCUUGGGUUACAACCUGUUAUGGUUUACAAGCGGACCUCCGGAAUGGAUUAUGGUUGUAAACCAAGGUACCACUGUACUGCUUUUUGAAUUACACAAGAUACAAACAAGCCCUGUAACGUGAGGGGGGAAAUUUCCACACAGUCGCCCCAUGCCAGUGUGAGGUAAGAGUUACUGUGUGGGGCUACAGCCUUGGGAGGCCAUGGUUCGAAUUCACCACUCAGCCAUGAAGGUGUCUUGGGCCUGCCACUACUGCCUCUCUGCCUAACCGGCCUCUCAGGGUGGUUGUGAGGAUAAAAAUGGGGAGGGGAAGAACCACGGACACAAAAUGAGCUCCGUGUGUGUGUGGAGGGGUGGGGGGAAGGGUGGAAAAUUAAAAUAAUAAUAUAAUUAUAAUAUAAUAUAAUAUAAUAUAAUAUAAUCAUAUCAUAUCAUAUCAUAUCAUAUCAUAUAUCAUAUCAAUCUGGGAGGACUUUUCACAUUAAAAUUUAUUUGGGGAUUUUUAGUUGAGAAAAAUGGUGACAAAGGGGAAGGGAUACAGGUUUAUAAUAUCAUGCAAGGUGUGGAGAUAAAAAAGGAUAAGAAUUUCUCCUUCAUGAUACUAGUGAAACUGACUUGCCAGGAAUUUCAGGUGAGACAAAAGUGAAAUCUUCAAGAUGCACAUAAUUCGUUUAUGAAAUACGCUGCUACAACACACAGUGCUGACCGCCGACUCAGACCACAUCCACUCUUCCUUUUGUGCUGUGCUUUCAGGGGUGGGCUUUGGUAAUAUUUUGUAAUACGGCGCCCUGUGCGAGGCCAAAAUUAGCCACCCCAAAAGGGAUCUUCUCAGUUAUGGAUCUUCUCUAUUUUGUACCCCUUCGGCUCGAUGACCUGUGCAAGGGAACUGCCUGGACCAUCCCAAAUCAGGCAGUGGUUCUUUCCAGGCCCAGGAAUGCACUUUAAAGCUCUGUCUUCAAGGCAUUUGUUUGUUUGUUUUGCCCUACUGUGUUUUGCUGCUGAAAAGGAGCAAACAGCAGUCGGUGGAAAACCCAAUCCAAGAAAAAUCCAGCUUUUCCCUACUAUAGCACCAGGGCAAAACAGACACACAAAUAAACAGCUGCAAUGACAAAACCACGCUUGAACAUGGUGUUUUAAAGUCCAGACCUGUUCCUAGAAACAUGGCAACAAAAGGGUGAGCCCUUAGUUGGCUUUUCUAAUCCAGGUACUCUCAGGGGCUUCUAGUGCUGAUUUACUUAUUUUAAAAUAUUUUAAAAUAAAUAAAUCAUCACUAGGAGCUGCUGAUAACCACCCAGUGAUCAGGCAGGCAGGGAUAUGGGGGUGUCCUAGACCUCAGCUGUUAAGGAACAUGCAAAUUAAUACAAGAAUCUUGAAUUACUAAUAUAUGAUGGCUAUAUUCAAACUCCAGCUUCAGGAAAAGUAUGCCUCUGAGCACCAGUUGCUGGGGGAUACCAGAAAUAAUAAUAAUAAUAAUAAUAAUAAUAAUAAUAAUAAUAAUUUUUAUUUAUAUCCCGCCCUCCCCAGCCGGAGCCGGGCUCAGAGCGGCUAACAACAAUAAAACUAACACAGCAUUCUAAAAUCAAUUCGUUCUAAAAUCAGUCCAAAAUCAAAUUAAUGGCAACCAUCCACAAUAUAAAAUUUUUGUUAGCGAUAACAAAUGGGCUCCUUUUGACCCUAGUGGACAAUUUCAAACAACAUGAAAGAGCAUCAGACCACAAAAUGAACCAUUGGGCUAGAGUUCUGUGAGGAUUACCAAAGGAGGGAGUCAGACUGUGCCCUGACCAAAGGCCUGGUGGAACAGCUCUGUCUUGCAGACCCUGCAGAAAGAUGUCAAGUCCCGCAGGGCCCUGGUCUCUUGUGACAGAGCGUUCCACCAGAUUGGGGCCACAGCCAAAAAAGCCCUGGCUCUGGUUGAGGCCAGCCUAACCUCUCUGUGGCCUGGGACCUCCAAGGUGUUUUUGUUUGAAGAAUGUAAGGUCCUCCAUGGGACAAAUCAGGAGUUACAAGGGUAGGUACCCGUAGGUAUGAGGGUCCUAGGACCCAAAAGAGAGGACCAUGGUUCUCAUGUCUUGCUUGUGAGAUUUUGGCCACUGUGGGAAACACCAUACUGAACUAAAUGGACUUAUGGCCUGAUCCAUUAGGGGUUCUCUUAUGUUUUUCAGUUGCUAAGAAUUUAACCAUCUUUCGGUGAUACAAAAGCUAGUAGUUGGGUUUUGUAUCUCCAGCACCAGAUAGUCUAAAUAAAGGCAUCGUUUCACAUUGUGAAUCAUGGACUGAUAAUAAAUGGGUAGAAAUGAUGAAUGGAUUUUCAGUAGCAUCAUCAAAGACACAUAUUUGGACCCAAUGAUAUCAGUUUUCCACUGAGUUAAUCAACUGGUGCAAACUCCUAAUUUGGGAGGGUUAGUCAGACUUUUGGGGUAUGUACUUGCUUUAUAGUCUAUUGUUGGUCGUAUGAUGACUUGUCUCAGUCUUCUUGAGAGAUGUGCAUACAAGUGGUGCUUGUGCUUGUGGUUUUUCAGUGUGGGGAUGAGGUAUUAUACUGCAACUUUUAGUGGACUUGGUUGGGAAAAUACAAAGAGCUGAAUAUAUGAAGCACUGUGGUGCCCACCACAUGUUUUGAACUAUAACUCCCAUCAGCCUCAGCUAGGGAUGGGCAGAUUUUGGCAGUUUCUCAGUUUCUAAUUUUUCUAUUCUUAAGUUCAUUUCUGCAUCAAUUUCAAUUUUUUUAGAAUUCCUCAUGAAUAUUCACCAACAUUUUAGUUCAAAUUUUGCCUAAUAUAGACACAUUUUUGUAUGCAGUUUUCCCUAGUGUAAUGCAUUUUUGUAUGUUAUUUUCACAAACAGGCACUCUCCCACAUUGUUGUAUACAUCAUUUGGUUGGAGAAGUGCACUACAAAAUUCAGAAAUGUGAAUUCCAAAGAAGAGCUGCGUUUUGGUUCAAGAAGUUUCAAGAAGUAUGAAUUUGGGAUGUUUCUAUUAGAAAGUGAACUGAACCAAAAUUCUCUCCCAUUUCUAGCCCCUGUCAGCAUGGCCAGUGGUCAGGGAUGAGUUAUAGUUCACAGCACUUGGAAUAAUAAUAAUAUAAUAAUAAUUUAUUAUUUGUACCCCGCCCAUCUGGCUGGGUUUCCCCAGCCACUCUGGGUGGCUUCCACAAAGACCAAAAAUACACUAAUAUGUCAUACAUUAAAAACUUCCCUGAACAGGGCUGCUUUAAGAUGUCUUCUGAAUGUCAGGUAGUUGUUUAUCUCUUUGACAUCUGAUGGGAGGGCGUUCCACAGGGCGGGCGCCACCACCGAGAAGGCACUCUGCCUGGUUCCCUGUAGCUUUGCUUCUCGCAAUGAGGGAACCGCCAGAAGGCCCUCGGCGCUGGACCUCAGUAUCCGGGCAGAACGAUGGGGGUGGAGACGCUCCUUCAGGUAUACUGGACCGAGGCCGUUUAGGGCUUUAAAGGUCAGCACCAACACUUUGAAUUGUGCUCGGAAAUGUACUGGGAGCCAAUGUAGGUCUUUCAAGACCGGUGUUAUGUGGUCUCGGCGGCCGUCCCCAGUCACCAGUCUAGCUGUCGCAUUCUGGAUUAGUUGGAGGACACCCCAUUGCCUACCCUGCUUUAAGAGAUCGCCAGCUGAUGGUCUGUAGGCAACACUUGAGCCAAUCUUGUCUGGGCAGCUUCUGGACUGGUCAUAACAGGACUGGUCAUAGCAUAUGCUGGCCUUGCAAAGUCUUAUCCUGCAGUUUUCAUUUCAGUGGUCAAUUUCCAACUGUAUUAACAAAAAGUUAUUUAAAAACUGAUUUACCCAAAAAGAAAUCCAGAGCAUGCCCCCACUUGCUGAUUAUUAUUAUUAUUAUUUAUUUACUUAUACCUUGCCCAUCUGCCUGGGUUACCCCAGCCACUCUGGGCAGCUUCUAACAGAAUAUAAAAAACAUCAUGAAACAUCAUUAAAAACUUCCCGAUAGAGUUUUCUUCAGAUGUCUUUGGAAAGUCAUAUAAUUGUUUAUCUCUUUGACAUCUGAUGGGAAGGCAUUCCCCACAGGGUGGGUGCUGAGGAGGCCCUCUGCCAAGUUCACUGUAACUUCACUUCUCACAGUGAGGGAACCGCCAGAAAGCCCUUGGAGCUGAACACUGGGGGUGGAAAUGAUCCUUCACGUAUACCUUAUACAAGAUUGAUGAAUGUUACCUAUUUCAAAUUGUGGUGAAAUGGUCAUUAGCUUGGAGAGGGUAAAUGUUUUAGCAUCCAAAUGUAUAUGUAUAGGUAAAGGUAAAGGGACCCCUGACCAUUAGGUCCAGUCGUGACUGACUCUGGGGUUGCGGCCCUCAUCUCGCUUUAUUGGCCGAGGGAGCCGGCGUACAGCUUCCGGGUCAUGUGUCCAGCAUGACUAAGCUGCUUCUGGCGAACCAGAGCAGCACAUGGAAACACCAUUUACCUUUCCGCCAGAGUGGUACCUAUUUAUCUACUUGCACUUUGACGUGCUUUCGAACUGCAGGAGCUGGGACUGUGCAAUGGGAGCUCACCCCGUCACGGCGAUUCGAACCGCUGACCUUCUGAUAGUUGUCCUAGGCUCUGUGGCUUAACCCACAGCUCCACCCACGUCCCAGUGUACCAUAUUUUUUGCUCUAUAAGACUCACUUUUUCCCUCCUAAAAAGUAAGGGGAAGUGUGUGUGCGUGUUAUGGAGCAAAUGCAGGCUGCGCAGCUAUCCCAGAAGCCAGAACAGCAAGAGGGAUUGCUGCUUUCACUGCUGUUCUGGCUUCUGAGAUUCAGAAUUUUUUUUUUCUUGUUUUUCUCCUCCAAAAACUAGGUGCGUCCUGUGGUGUGGUGCGUCUUAUAGAGUGAAAAAUACGGUAUAUGUAUAUGUAUAUGUAUAUGUAUAUCCUCAGCAAAUGAAUGAAGUUUUGUAAUUCCGCUCAGAUUCUUGUCAGAUAGGCUUUGAAUGUGUUCAGGCUUAACUGCCUGAAGCAAUCAGGUGAGGAUUCUCUGUAAUGAAAGACCAAGCUGAAGCUCAGACGCUGCGUUCUUUAAAGCUGGAAACAUUACGGUCCAGAAAUUCAGGCUUUUUGUGGCUGCUGUCAGACACUUUAAUACUAUGGUGGGUUAAAAAACAACAACCUGGCAUUGCUCUUACAGUUGCUUUCCCCCUCUUUUUUUCUUUCCAGGCCAUCAAGAUGGAUUUCAGCUCUUACAGUGGAGUCCCCAGGUUCCUGACCAGGCCUAA